CAGUUUGAAGCAGUAAAACCAAAAAUCAUAAUCCAUAACUUUACUUGGUACAACGUUUAUAAGAGUCAGUUUCUUUGCCUUUGUUUUUUUUUUUUUUUGCAAUAACUUCUUUCGAUUUCAAGUUUCAACUCAGAAGGCCUUUGUUCUGUUUUUCAGUUUCUUUUUUCUCCAUGCAAAGCUUUAAUUUUUAUCCCAGAUUUUGAAGAUCGUUAUCGGAGACCUUGUUCACAGACAUGAGGGACUUCAUUCUUGACUUUGAGUACUUCGCAGAAGGUCUGUGUUGGUAUUUUUUGGAUGCUUUGGACAUUGCUGCUGAGGAAUUAAUCUUGUUUUUCCAGGUGUUAGUGUCCUUCCUUGAGGAGUGUGGUCAUUUCCUGUCUUGCCUGAUCUUGAUUGCUUAGAUUCUUGACAACUCUGAAUUUGAUAUUGAAAGCUUAUUCCUUUUGGGAGUUGAAGAUUUUAGUUUAUUAUAUCGUUUUAAAGCUUGCAGCUUAGAUUCUUUGCAUACUGAGACUGGCUCCAAUGGGAUCGAUUCAGAACACUGUUCACUAUUGUUGUCUGUCAAAAGGUAACAGGACUCUAUAUGAAUACAGUGGGGGAGACCAUGAGAUAGAAAAUUUGGCUGCUUUGUGCUUGGAAAGGACUCCCCCAUUCCACAAGUGGUACUUUGAGUCAAGAGGUAAAAAGAUUUUUGGGUUUUUGAUAGAAGAUGGGUAUGUUUAUUUCACAAUUGUUGAUGAGGGUCUUGAAAGCCAUGGUUUGCUUCAGUUUCUAGAGCACAUGAGAGAUGAAUUUGAAAAUGUUGCUAGGAAGGGUUCAAGAGGUAGCUUUUCAGGUAUGAGUUCAAUUGGCAUCCAAGAGCAACUAGUUCCUGUUAUCCGGCGCUUGAUAACUUCAUUAGAACACGUUUCACAUAGUGGCAAUGAUUGGAAGGCUGAGACUCCCUCAUCAGACCAUGCAGGUCUCUCCCCAUCUCCAAGUAAUGCAAAUGCACAACUUGAAGCUGCUAGUUCUACUAAAGCCCCUUUGUUGGGCAAAUCUAGCAGGCAAGAGAAGAAGAAGUUGAAGGAUCAUGUGGUUGCAGUCAGAGAUAUUGAGUUGGAGGAGCAUCGGAAAUCUACAGAUAGAGGAGUGAAAGUUAAUUCAACAGCAUUGGAUUCUAAUAACCAAAAUGGAGCCAGUUCUUCAAUCUCAUUGCAGAAGGACUUAGGUUCAAUGAGGAUCAGAUCUGGCUCUCAGAACAUUCGAAAGAAGUGGUGGCGACAAGUCAGGAUUGUUCUUGCUAUUGAUGCAGCUGUUUGUUUAGUAUUGUUCGUGAUUUGGUUGUCAAUCUGUAAGGGCAUUCACUGCACCCGUUAGUGAUUCCAAAUCAAUGCCACAAUUGAAGUUUCAUGUUAAGCACUGGACAUAAAAAUUCUGUAAGAGUAGGUUUCAGCAGAGAGAGAAUGGUUGAAAGCAAUAUAUCAAUCUUGUCAGUGGGUUAAAAAGUCUCUUUGAAGGUUUGUGUUUCAAAUUACUUAUGCAGUGGCAUUAGAUGUAGAGAGUCCUCUGUAUAGUUUCAUAGUUUUAAUGCAUAUGUACAUCAAAAUCAUAUUGUUUAUCUGAGUGUUUUUACACCAUUUUCUGCAUCAAUGUAAUAUUUAUAGUUGCCGAUGCAAAUAAGAUGUUCUCAUGACAUCUUAAAUCUUAAUUCCUUUUUUUUUUUUUUUUGCCAUUUUAUGUUUCAAAGAUAUGCAAAGGUGCCAUUGCCACCUUUUGCUUAGUAUAAUUGAGAUGCUAUCUUAAAUUCUUGUUCCUCUAGUUCCACUCUAUGAUUGAAAAUUGUUAACUGAA